AUGGGCUGGGUCCUCAACGCCACGCCCGAGGUCGAGGCCAUCUCGCAGUGGGAGACCAUCAUCGCCAUCGCCUGCGUCCUCUCCGUCCUGUCCGUCGCCGUCGUCUGUUCUCGUCUCUGGAUCCGCCACACGGCCAGAGGCCUGGCCGCCGACGACUGGAUGUCGGCGCUGUCCAUGGCCUUUGCACUCAUCUAUUCCGGCCUCACCAUCGCCCAAACGAGAUACGGUCUCGGCCUGCCGGUCAAGCUGCGGCCAAGGGCGAACCUCGUCACGUACACCCGCAUCAACUUCGCCGGCCGGCCGUUCUACCAGCUCGGCAUCAGCUUCUUCAAGAUCGCCCUCCUCAUCAGCUACCUGCGCCUGCUCAAGGGGACCGACCAGAAGACGUACCGCCGCGUCGUCUGGACCACCAUCGUCCUCGUCUUCCUCGCCCACCUGGCCUGCUCCUUCUCCCUCGUCUUCGCCUGCACGCCCGUCGACAAGUCGUGGAACCCGCUCAAGGACGGCACCUGCCUGCCCCCCGGCCCGUCCUUCACGGUGUACGCCGUCGUCACCAUCGUGUCCGACAUCGUCGUGGCGGUGCUGCCGAUCCCGGUGCUGCUGCGGCUCAACGUCCGCGUCGAAAAGAAGGCCGGCCUCAUCGCCAUCUUCCUGCUCGGCCUCUUCACGACGCUGUGCUCCAUCCUGCGGUACCUUGAGAUCAACCGCAUCCAGUACGGCGACGGCAACUCGACGAUGCUGGUGCUGUGGGGGACCAUCGAGUUCAACGUGGGGAACAUCGUCUCGUCUCUGCCCUUCCUGGCGCCCGUCUUCAUGAAGAAGGCCAAGAACUACCGCUCCAAGUACUCGGGCGGCUCCUCGCACGGCCGCAGCCACCUCAAGGGCGCCGAGCGCUACAAGCUCAGUGAGAUAAACCACGACAAGAGCGUCUUCGCCUCGGCCAACCACAGCAAGGCCGGCAACGGAAGCGAGGAGAACAUCCUGCCGGGGAACAUCAUGAAGUCCGUCACGUACAGCGUCCAGGUCGACGACGGGGCCGAGGCCAAGUCGGGCAAGUCCGACAUGACGGGGCCGCGGAAGAGGGAUUCACGCGAUUCGGGCCUUUGA